AUGCAACUCACUGCCAUCCUCCCCAUCGUCCUGGCAGGCCUAAGCGCUGCCCUCCCCCAACCCGCUACCCUCCAGUCCAACACUAUCACCGACGAUAUAAUCUGGAGCGUAUCCAACUUUACCAUUGGCUGCUCCCAAGGUGGCUGCACUUUUGCCUACGACAUCGUCGGCCGUGAAAACUCCCAGACCCCCAAGUUCCGCACCCACUGCAGCGGCAUCGAGAAACAGAAGGUCAAGUGUGAUGACGAGCACAUCACCACCACUGUUUCCCCAGCGGGCAACCCGGUCUGGAAAGUUGAGGUCAUUCACUCUUGGAAGAGCUGGCUGACUGAUGCCUCGCUCGCCACCUGGUGGCAGCAGGGCGAAAAGGAUGUCACCGUUCCUGACCGUAACCCGGUCCGGUUUGUCAUGAAGCCUACCCAAGAGUACGGUAUUGCGUAA